CAGGAGCGGGAGAACCGACCGAGAGUCAGUCAGUGAGUUGCCGGGCUCUGCGCGGGCAGGAUGAGCUUUCCUAUCACCGUUUCUGUUUCACUCUAACGUUGCCUCUGCCGGGUGUCGCGCGUGCGCGAGCGUGUGUCUGUGUGUGCGUCAGAGACCGAGAGAGAUACAUGUAGAGUGACUGCCGCCACUGUUGUCAUCACCCAAAGGAUAAGCAUCGAGGAGGGAAGUCCCAGGUCGGCCGGUUCGUCACUGCAGGAAGAGGCCCAUCGAUACGAGGAUGCUGCAGCAGAUCCUCCAGGACAUGUGGGUGGACCCCGCCAUCCUGGCCGAGCUGGACGAUGACCAGAAGCAGACGCUGUUCUGCAAGAUGCGGGAGGAGCAGGUGCGGCGAUGGCGGCAGUGGGACCAGAAGCUGUCGGACCACCCCUCGCCGCCGCGGCCCCGCCGGAACAGUUCCAAGACGGUGCAGUUCCUCAACGGCCCCGACGGCGAGCCCUGGGUGUGGGUCAUGGGCGAGCACCCCGACGACCUCCCCAUCGAGCAGAUCCUGGAGCUGGAGGCGCGCGAGAAGGCGCGGCAGCAGGCCGAACUGGAGGCGCAGCAGCUCAGGCUGUCGGAGCUGACGGACCUGCUCGACCUGAGCCACAAGCAGAUCCAGGAGAUGGAGGCGGACCGGACGGCGACGGCGCCACCCUGCGCGCCCCACCAGACCUCCGUGGCCGCGCCCACGCCGCCGGCCGCGGACGACCCCUCCGAGAUGAUCUACUGCUCCGUGGACGAGCUGCGCGAGUGGAGCAAGAAGAAGGAGGAGGAGAACAAGAGCGCCGUGCUGGGCCACAACGCCAUCAACAGCCUCAAGAACAACAACAACCUCAGCAACGCGGCCAGCAAGCUGCGGACCACGGGCCGGCCGGACCGCGACGUGCUGCACGAGAUCUCGCUCAACAACAAGCCCGCGGCCCGCGUGCCCAAGGUGGCGCAGCGGGUGGCGCAGUGGGAGCGCCGCGUGCUGGAGACGCGCACCGAGCAGAUCCUCACCAACCUGAAGCAGCGCCAGGAGGAGGCCGCCAGGGAGGCGGAGGAGAUGGCGCCCGCUCAGGAGCGCCUGUGGCAGGAGCAAGAGAGACGGGCCAAGGAGGCGGAGCAGCAGAUCCGCGAGAUCGCCCGUCGCGCUCGCGAGGAGCACCGCCGGUCCUCCGUGCUGGGUGACCCGAGGCCUUCACCGACGUCGCCGAUGUCGCCGACCUUACCCAGCCCGACGGCGUCCGCGCCGCCCACAGUGCCGCCGCCGCCACCGCCGCAGAGCCGCGAGGCCGUGCUGCAGUGGUACCGCACCAAGGAGGAGCCGCAACCACGGCGCGCGGGGCUGGACGCCUCGGGUGCGCCGCACGCCUGGUUCCACGGCCUCAUCAGCCGGCACGAGGCCGAGGCCCGCCUGGCCAGCAGGGGCCCUGGCGCCUUCCUCGUGCGCCUGUCGGAGCGCGUGUGGGGCUACGCCAUCAGCUACCGGGACCGGGACGCCAGCUCGCCGCCGUCCACCAGCCGCCGGUGCAAGCACUACCUCGUGGACACGACAGGCCCCGGCGGCGGCUACCAGUUCCUGGGCGCCAACCAGAUCUGCCACAAGUCCCUAGAGGAUCUGGUCCGGUACCACCGCGAGAACCCCAUCACGUUGCUGGGCGGCGAGCGCCUGCUGGAGGCGUGUCCGCGACCACCGUCGUCUCCAUCGGCCCCGUCGCCACCCUCGUCGGCGCCGGCCUCCGCGCCGGCCUCCGCGCCCGUGCCGCUGGCGCCGCUGUCGCUGCCUCCCCUGCCUGCGCGGCCACUGCCGCCCAUCCCCGUCACCUCCCAUCAGCGGCCCGUGUUCGCUGGCGGCGCGCGCCUCGGCAGGAACGGGCCGUAGUGUCGCGGGGCGGGGCGCGGAGGGGAGGGGAAGGGGCGCCAGGCUGGAGAGGGCGCCCUUCUUUUUGUACUGUUACUCGCACGGCAGAGGUGUGGACCUGUGAUAAAGAUUCCUGCACCUUGCUGAGUGGGACUAGACUGUUGCUUAGACUUACUUACUCUGUCAUAGUCUUCUUUGUAUUGUUUGUACGUACUAUGGUCUUUGAAGCUUCGUCUAGAGAUUGCGUCAAGGCGAAUUUUCCUGCAAGAGAUUUAUGUGAACUUUAAACUGGUUGCCUCAGACGCUCACGGAACGGCCUAAAGCAUUUGCGUGUGUGUGACUGUGGCAAGUGCCAGUCUUAUAAAAGUUACCAGGCUGCUGAAUAAUGUGUUGGAGCCAGCGCAUUUCGAUUCAGAUUUUCAGAUGCAACCACAUUUGUGAUAGUCUGCGGCAUGCCAUGUAUCCUUGUGUUUAGGGCAAAUGUGAGCCGUUAGAAUAAUCUUGCCAUUGAAACUUCAUAAUACACAGAAACUAAAAGUUCACUACAUUUUCAAGCAACACAUUUUGACCACUACAUUACUUUUUGUAUCCAAAUUAAAAUAUUUUGGUGACAGUUGUGAAGUGAGUUUGUAUAUAUUUUUUCAAGUCAUGUGAUACUUAGAUGUGAAUGAAUAAAAUCGCCAUGCUUAAUUAAUUUUUACUCUUGUAGUGAUAUGCUGAAAUUUAAAAGUAAGCCAAGUUAUUAGAUAUUAGGUUUGUUUGCAUUUGUUUAUAAUUAAUUGAAUCAAUACAAUGUCAUUUUUCAGCUCAAAUAUUGGGAUGUUCAUAACAAUAUUUUGUGCAAGUUAAAGUGGCGAAUGGUGUUUUAUAAAAUUAACAAGCCCGUUAAUCAUUGUCCAUUUGUUCAUUUUGAUUGAACCACUCACUCGUUUGAAGUCUGAAUGUAGUUCAUACUGUGGCCAAAAUCUCCUUAUCGUCUGUAAGUCCAAAAACAGUGGACAUGCUAUUGUUAUCUGGUGUUAUUUCUGAAAGGAUCAAAUAUUUGAUGCUAUGUAGAAGAGACGUCCGUCUUUUGGACACUUCGUCAACAUUUUCUAUGAAAAUAAAUAUUUAUUUCAUGAAGA